GAAAAGUUUUAGAAAAAAGAAGAGACGCCAGAGAAAACGCGACACUCCGAACAAGAAGAAGAUAUAAAAACACGAUCGCUACACGCGAGAACACAGCAGCCAGACGAGAAAUCUAGUGUUGACCAUUGGAGUAGAGAUUCGACUCGAGUUUUGACGUUAUCAAUUCCAUUAGUGUCUCUUUUCUAGAUUUUACAGCUAAAGAUGGCAAUUUAUGAACAAACCGGAAUCAAUACAUCAUCAAAGAAGAGAAAAUCAAGAGCUCGAGCAGACGGUACAACGGUGGCUGAUAGGCUAAAGAAGUGGAAAGAGUACAACGUGAUCGCUGAUGCAUCCUCUACUAAAAAACGGAAAGUUCCUGCGAAAGGAUCGAAGAAAGGGUGUAUGAAAGGCAAAGGAGGACCUGAGAACACUCACUGUAGUUUCAGAGGAGUUAGACAAAGAGUUUGGGGUAAAUGGGUUGCAGAGAUCCGUGAACCUAACAGAGUGAGUAGGCUUUGGCUUGGUACUUUCCCUACAGCUGAAGAAGCUGCUUCUGCUUAUGAUGAAGCCGCUAAGGUUAUGUACGGUCCUUUGGCACGCCUUAACUUUCCUCAACAGUGUGUUGUUGCCUCUGAGUUCUUGGCUAGUACAUCGAGUCAGUCUGAGGUGUGUAGUGUUGAGGUUAAACCGGUUCUUGUUGGUGAUGUUCAUUGUGAAUCUAGACCAGUUAGUCAGAUUAGUGAUGGUAAUACCAGGAUGAGUUCAGAUUUGCUGAAUGAGUUUGAUGAGGAGUAUUGGGGCAGAGUAGCCAAGGAGAUUGAGAAACCUAAGGAGGGAGAGGAAGAAGUGCUUACCGUUGCGGAUUAUGGUUGGUCUAAUGAUAUGUUGAGCGAGCAGGAUCUCUGGGAUCCGAAUGAAGUUUUUGAUGUUGAUGAACUCCUAGGCGAUAUAGAUGAAUGCAUCAUGUUAACAGGUACCGGUGUGGAUGAAGACCAGAACGGGAUAAAUCCUGGUGGUUAUGACUCGCAUAUUCCUCUUCAGUUGGAGCCACACGAUGGUCACGAGUUCUUUGACUUGAGUUCUCAGGAUCUUUGAGAGUGCUGAGACAAUGAAUGGUCUGCAGUAGAAUCUUUGAAUUUAAACAAGAUAUGAGUGUUAAUGAAAAAAAGACUAACUCUGUUGUCUUUACUCUUUACUUGGAUCAUGAAGUAUUGAAUACUCAUCUACUGAGUUUAAUAUAAAUAACAUAGUUUACAUAAAAGAAUAACCAUAAUUUAGAAUUACAGUCCUAAAAACGAAUUUUAAGAAAAGAAUCAAGGAGCAAA